CUUCGCGAGAUUGUUCUAACGAGUAGGCAGUAUGGCGUCUAACCAAGCUCCCCGUACAUGUUAUAACUGCGGACAAAUUGGGCACCUAUCGCAUUUUUGUCCUCUUCCUGACCGUCGCCUAGCUGUUCAAGCCCCUAGUACUAGCACCGCUAUUGUACCUGUGCAGAAUGUAUCGGUUCCGACGAUUACAGCGGCUGGCGGCGACCCCGGUAGUUACGGCAACUUUGGAUACGGCUACGGUGGAGGUUUGAAGCCUCGUGUGGAGACUUUGGAGGUUACCGUUGCCUCGAUCAAAGCCUUUCAAGAUGCUGAAAAGGCGCGCGAGCUCGGCAAGAAGGAGGAGGAAGCACGUAUCAAGAAAGAACAAGAAGAAGAGAAACGAAGACAGCGAGAGAAGGCUGAACGAGAGGAAUUUCAGGCGCAAAUAAACAAGCAAUCAGCGACUAACUUGGACUCCGUGCGCAAGUUACUGGAAGGAAAAAAAGGUGGAGCGGAUCAGGAGGUGGCGAAGUUGCAUGCAGAAAUUGAGAUGUUACAAAAAGCUCUGAAGAUUUCCAGUGGAGCAACCAAUUCGGAAAGUGAGUUUGAUAAGUUUAGGCGUGAACAAGAAGAAGAGAGAAUCCGGUCUGAAAGGAGGUUUGCAUUGAUGGAGGAGGAGGUCUUGAGGCUAAAGAAAUUAAAUGAGGAGACUACAUUCGCGGCGGAUGUAUGGAAGGCAAAGGCACUUCGGCCCGGGAACAAGAGGGGGAGUGUGGCUGUUACCUCUACCCCUGUGCCGGGUACAAGAACUCGACCUCGAGUUACUCCUAUGCAAUCACCCUCGUUGGACAAGCAGAGGUUGAAGGAACUUGUUGAACAACAAGAUCACGAGAUCGAAUUGCUUAAGGAGUGGCGGCUUUGCGAGCUCAAUGGACGUCGUAUGACCGAACAGGAGGUGGAUCGAUUGAAAGACAAGAUGUCGAAACUUGAAGUGGCGAAGUCUACACCCACUGCCUCCAAUCUUAAGUCUCGAUUGGACAAGGUUGCUGCGGGCACUAUGGAGAAAGGCAAGCAGCCAAUGACACCUGCCGCACAGGCUUUUGCUGCUAAUGAUCGAGAUGCUUUCCUGCACGAGACUCGUAAGGUACUUUGGCCAAUGAAGAAGGAAAAUAUAGUGGCGCUGUGUGCAAAAGAGGGUGUGACGUACACCACCUUGGAUAAAAUGAAAGAGGAGAUUGCUAAUAAACGCACCGAUGCUGCCUUUUGCAAACCACCGACAGUCGUUAAGAAACCGCCUGACGGGAUUGUGAUUCAAGAGGUGUCAGACAACGAUGGGCAAAACACCAGCAACAGUGUCGAGGAUCAUGAUGAAUCCGAUACUUCAUAGCCUCUUCCCCGAACGCGGUGUUGUUAUGGAAUCUCUUGCGUUGCUGUAUUAAGUUACAUUCGAUAUUGCCUGACUAUUUACGAUGUAAGUCGUUGAGCACACUGUCUUGUUUGUUGGUAUUGCUGUUAUCUGUUCUCGGUCAAAUUCUGUGGGGGUUGAAGCUAAGUAAGUGGCUUUCUGCUUGGGGUGGUUCGAGAUGACGUUGACUUUGGCUCUUUGCAAACUCCGUUGGUCUACGCUCUUGUUUCGCCAUGGUGUCGGCAUCUUUAUGUAGGGAGCACAGGUCGUGAUUUGCACACACGAGGAGCAUGUGUACAGGUCGUGUAAUUUGGAUUUGAUUUCAAAAGGUGUUCGUAAUGAAAGGUUAUACCGGUG